GGAGUCAGUUGGCAAUAGUGUCUCCGAAAAAAACCGACUGAUCUCCGUUUAUUUGGCGACUGCAAUAUUUCGCAAUUUUAAAUUUUUAUUAGGAAUAUCACAUUGAUUAUUUCAUGCGGUUUUAAUUUGCGGCUAUUAUAUUUUAUGUAUUUUUCAACACUGUUUUUAAGGUAGAAAAUGGUGCCCAACUUUGCUAUUGUGACGACAAUUUUUCAAACAGCUGUUUAUUUGUAAAGAGAGCCACAACUACCAUUAUGUCCUGUUAAGACGACAUUACGUGUAACCCCUUAGGGGUUAUUACCACAGGGGAUCAUCUCUACAGUACCUGCUUUUAUAUUAAUACCGACAUAUUUGAUAUUACUAAAUAAAUUUAGACUUAAGAUAUUUUAUAUUAACUUUGUUAAAAAUGAGUAAGAAUAAAGCAGAAGUAGACUGCACUAGGCGGUGCAGGUCUAGGAGUCACGGACAUACUUUAACGAGUGCCAUAACAAAAAGGUCCAGCAGUGAUGAGGCCUUGGCGUGUUUCAUCAAAGCUACUUGCGCCAAUUUCAACAAAGCUUUCGAUUUUGAGGGUCGCACAGCUCUCCACAUGUCAUCAUCUCGCGGCCGGGUCCGCUUAAUGGACUGGCUGGUCCGGCACUCGUCCGUGGCGUUCGUGAACGCUCGCGACAGGGAGUCCGGGUACACGCCACUGCACAGGAGCAUCUUCUACGGCCAGAUACAUGCCGCUGUCUUGCUGAUGAAGUUUGGUGUAAACACAGACAUCGUGGACAAAGACGACUAUAAAGCGCUGGAACACGCCAUGUUAGACCGCCAAUACAUGUACAAGCACUUGGGUAAUGGGCCCAGCGAGGUGUACGUGUGGGGAAGCAACUCAAACUAUACGCUAGGCACGGGCACACAGCUACAGAGGAACACCCCGGAGCUUCUCGGCUGCUUUAAUAGGACCAACGUGUGUGUUAAACAGGUCUGCCUGGGCAAGUUCCACAGUAUAUGGCUGUGCGAAGGCGCGUCCGGGCCGGAAGUGUACGUGUGCGGGCAGACGGCGCGCGCCGGCGGCCCGCACGGCACGGCGCUGCGGCCGGUCGCCGUCCGGCUGCCGGAGCCGUGUCAGCAGGCGGCCGUGACUCUGACGUCUACCGUUUUUCUUCUUGAAAGCGGCACGAUCAUCCAAUACAACUUAAACAACGCUGAUAACGCCAGCCAAUCAACUACCAACACACCUUCAUUUAUCAAAGUACCGUCAACAAAAUCAUUGCUCAAGAUAUCUAAACCGCUAGGCGUGGUGGCCGCUCGGUCGCAUGUCGCCGUGUGGAAUAUACACGCUGUGUACACUUGGGGUACAAAUCUGGGACAAUUGGGACACUCGCAAGAGGACAAAGUGGUACCUGCUCCUAAGAGGGUGGCAAUAUCAGUAAACAACAAAGAGGAGGCGGGCAUUCAGCUAGUGGGGGUGGGCGACGCGGCCACUGUCAUCACCACCAGCCGAGGAGACGUGUACUUACUGCACAAGUACAUAUGCAAGAAAAUCGCAAUCAAGCAAAUAAACGUAAAACAAGCGUGCGUGGAGGCCAAAGUGAGCGAGCAAGGCGCGUAUUCUCGCGUCACAGUGUUGCUGCUCACCAGUGUAGGACAACUGCUCAUAUGGCAAGAUUCCACUGCUCAACUCACCAGAUGCGUCUUCGGCCUAAGCCAUCAAACCGUCAUAACUCACGCGGCACUAACUCACGACGCCUUAUAUUUCACAACCAAAUACGGCGAGGCGUUCAUUGGUGCGAUCUCUCGCAAAGCCCCGCCCACUAAUCCUCAGCCAAUCAGGAAGGAGAAGGAGAGAGACAACAACAAGUCGGCGCUUGUCAAGUUUCUGGAGAAAGAUGAUUGCACCACGGUCAGGAUUACGAAGAUACCAAAUGUGCAUAGAGCGGUGGCUAUUUCUGUUGACAGUGAAGGGUUGAACUUCGCUUGCUUGCAGAUAAAACCUACGUGCGGUCUAACUUCUAUACCCGAGCUGUCUCCGACGAGUAUGUCGAAACACAUGGAAUCUCUGAUGGAAACCGCUUCCAACGAUGAUCUGCUACACGACGUUGUUUUUAAGGUCGGCACACGACUGUUUCCCGCGCACAUCUACAUAAUAGCUUCCCACAGCGAGCACCUGUACAAAUUGUACCAGGAUAGUACGACGAACAAAGAGGAUAAUAAGCCACUGAUCGUUCUAGCCAAUGUGUUGCCUGAAGUUUUUGAGAGGAUUUUAAGGUAUAUGUACACGGGAACCUGCGACGUGGCAGAAUUAGGGCCUUGUAGUCUAAAGAUAAGGAGGGAAGAUUUAAACAACGUGAUUAAGAAGGGCAAAGAUGUCGAGCUUGAGUUGGAGAUGAUUGAGAACCCAUCGGAAAUAUCAGCGUUCGAAGUUUACAAACACCAAGAGAAGAGUAAGAGAGGCAACAAAACGCGCAAACAUUCAGGCGCACGCGCCGACUGCUGCGACCCCGUGCGGCUGCUGCAGGCGGGCUGCCGGCGGCUGCAGGUCCAGGGGCUGCACAAGCUGCUCGACAACUUCUACUAUCGCGACGGCACAAUUCACCUCCGCGAUUCGGCGACGUUCACCAAGAACCCUACUCCCGUAUGGGAUCGUUCCCGCUUCCCGGAACUAGUUGAUACACACGUGUGCUCCAAAGAUGGCGCUUUAGUCGCUGCUCACAAGUGCGUGCUGGCCGCCAGGCUGGAGUACUUCAACGGCAUGUUCAUGCAUUCCUGGACUGAGAGUAAAUUACUAUCCAAAGUGACUCUCCCAAUAAACCACGGGAUACUCCAACCAGUUAUCGACUUUCUCUACACCGAUUCGUGUCCGGAAAUCGAGAAUUCCGACAGUAUAGACUUCAUUUGCAGUAUGCUAAUAGUAGCCGACCAACUGUUCAUAUCUCGACUCAGGGAAAUGUGUGAAAUCGCCUUAUCAAAUCUCAUUAACUUGAAAAACUGCGCAGAACUAUGCCAAUUCGCUCACACAUAUAACGCAACGCAACUCAAACAGUGUUGCAUGGAGUUCAUAUCUCUAAACCUGUGCAGUAUUCUCGAAAACCGAUCCUUAGAUCUCAUAGAAGAUGACGUUCUCCAUGACAUAUCUAAUUACUACUGCAAAUUCAAUCCUAUUAUGUCAUCAAGAGUGAUUACACCAUUUUUCAACGCACCAACAGAUGAAGUUAUAGAUGAAUGCGCAGCGAACUUUCCUAUACACUUGGAAUUGACUGAUGAGGAUAUAAAGAACGAUGAUACUGAUAUCAAAGAAAAAAAGAAAAGUAAGUCCAAAAAGAUUGAAUAUACUGACAGCGAAAAGGCACGGAUGAGGUAUGAAUCUGUUAGCUCUGUGACAUCACUAGACAUGUCUAAUGAUGUCUCUGGUGAUAUAACUCUGUCUCUAAGUAACAUUUCAAGGGAAGAGAAAGGUGCGAGGGAGAAACAAGAGAAAUGGAUAGAAGUGCCGUCAUCUCAGCAAAAGCAGCAGAAAGUGGUCCAAGCCAGGCUGAAGGCUAUUAGCAACGCGAGAGAAAUCUUGAACGAGACGCCGGUUGAGUCUUUUACGAAAUUAACGAAGAAUAAUUCGUUCAAUAACCAGUCGACGGAAAAUGUACCAACAACGUCAAGAAUGUCAAUGUCUCCUAAAGAUUCUUCUAUAUCAGAAAUGAUGAGAAGCCCAAAUGUGACUCAAGGAAACCUUGUCAUCAGCCAUAUUGGUCCGAAAAUGUCCCAAAAACAAAGGAAGAAAUUGGCAAUGCAAGAACAUGUGCCGCAAAAUCUGGGCGAUUAUUUUGAUAAAUUAAAUAUGGGCAGUCCUCCAGAAAAACCUAAGAAUCCGUGGAAAGUGGUAGAAGCACCGGUCGCGAGUAGCAGCCCAAAGGCGAAGGCUAUGGAGUUCAACCAGAUUCUUACUGACCAAAAGAAGCAAAGAGAAGACUUUUCAAGGAUCAUGACAAAGCCUCUUGCAUUAACUCAGCUUGAGGACAAAGCUAUAGAAGAGCUGGAAAGGUUCUACAAUGUGCACGAAGCAGACGAUGAAUGGAUUACAGUACAACGGAUUGAAAUCAAAGUGUCUUCUCCGCAAUGGAUCCACACUGCCCCUAAGUGAUAUACUGUGCUAUUUUAUAUAUUUAUAAGAUAAUAUGAUACUAUUUUAAAAUAAAUAAU